AUAUCUUCUUUUGACUUCGGUCGUCCAUUCUUUACAGAACAAACCCAACAGAUCAAAUUCAGUAAACCCUCUAUCACCGCUCUUCAGCACCUUUAACCCUCAAAACUCAAAUAAUAUUCAAAAUGCGUUUCUCCGUUAUCGCCGUUUCCAUCUUCGCUGGUGCCGCCAUGGCUGCCACUUCCACUGACUACGUCACUGAGGAAGUCACCAUCACCUCUUGCGCCGCAACUGUUACCGACUGCCCAGCUCGCAGCACCCAAGUUUCCACCACCAUCUACUCAAGAACCUCCUCUACUGAGGCUGCUCCUUCAUCUGUUACCCCAGCCGGUCAGCCAUCCAACAGUGGACCAGUCGCCUCCGGCCCAGCUUCGAGCGCACCAGUAGCUUCCGCCCCAGCUUCAAGUGCUCCAGCCUCAAGCAAGCCAGCUACCAGCGUUUUGGUUCCAGUGGCAUCCUCCGCAGUUAGCAGCGCACCAGUUGCAUCCUCCCCAGCUGGCAGCGCACCAGUAGCUUCUGCCCCAGCCUCCAGCGCUCCAGCUUCCAGCAAGCCAGCCAGCUUCACCCCAACUUACGCCACACCAGCUGCCUCUUCCGCUGGCUCUUCCCUCGGUGUUGUUGUUUCCUCCCCCGCUCCAUCCGUCUCUGUCGUUGCCAUCACCACCUGUAUCCCAACCGUCAUCUACUCCACCAUCUCCCUCUCCGGACUCGAGACCACUGCUCCAGGUGUCCCAGCCGCUUCCGCCAAGCCAUCUUCCACUGGAUACAUCUCCGUCCCAGCCAACGGUACCACCCCAGCUGCUACCCAAACCCCACUUGCAUUCACCGGUGCCGCCGCCAAUGUUCAAGUUGGAGGAGCUGCCAUCGCCGCCGUCUUCGGACUCGCUGCUUUCCUCUUGUAA